UGAUUUGACAGUGACAUUACCAAAAUAUAACCUCUACGCUGAUUAAUUUUUGUGUAUUAUUGUGAAUAAGUAAUUUAAAAACUAGAUUUUAUAGCAUUGUAAUCUUUUUGAAUAAGCAUCUUAAUAGUAUAUAAGCUCAAAAAUGGCUGAACCAUUAAAUCUAAGCAUACAUUUUGGAGGCGGCGCAGAAUUACUUUUUGACAAAAUCAAGAAAAGGGAAGUAGAGUUGCCAGCUCUGAAAAAAUAUAUGCCAGAUUGCCAACACGAAAAAUGGACUAUCAGAGAAUUAUUACAGUGGAUUAAAGAUAAUUUAUUAAAGGAAAGAUUGGAAUUAUUUAUGCAGGGUGAUUCAGUUAGACCAGGGAUCUUGGUUCUAAUCAAUGAUGCAGAUUGGGAAUUAUACGGCGAAUUAGAUUAUGAAAUACAGAAUAAUGAUACAAUACUAUUUAUAUCUACUUUACAUGGCGGAUAAAAUGAUGUGAAAUUAA